ACACCUUAAACCCCUUGUUACCUACCAAACGUCCCCCACCCUGUCUCUCGCCAUCCAACUCCGCGGCCUGACACCGCGAGAAGCCAUCGCCGACGCCUUCUACCGCCUCAUGUCCGCCCUGGACGAGAACGACAGCGCCCUCUUCAACUCAGCCAUGAUGUCCGACGUGACACAGGACUUCAACGGGCAGACACGGCAGGGCAUCGAAGCCGUGCGAGCCCACGCUCUCGGCGUUGUCGGACCGUUGGAUUCCACUCACUUCGUCACGAACAUCCGCAUUGAUGUCGAGGACGAUGCGGCUAAUACUGCGACUUUGACGGGGAAUACGCUGGCGUUGCACUAUCCGUCGGGGACUGGCAGGUCGCAAAGCAACAGGAGACUCGUGGGAGGUUCCAGACAUAAGGUUGAGAUGGUGAAGGGUGCGGAAGACGGGCUGUGGAAGUUCCAGACGUGGACGAUACGUACGGUGUGGUUUGAAGGCGACUACUCCGUCAUGGACGGCGUGCUUGACGAGUUGUAAAGAGCAGUUCUCCGAGCAGCUGAACAGUCCGUAAUUGUACCUGUACUUCAGCCGACCGUCUCGCUGAAGGAUGUCUGCAUUCGGAAGCAAGUCCUUUCCUGAUCUCGCCGUCCAC